AUGGGCCUCAAGGAGCAGCAUCCGCAGCUCGACCAAACUGAUGAUGCCAUCAACUCACCCGCUUCUGUUUCUGACGACCACCACCACACACCGGGCAUCCCCCGUGUCUCAAGCUGCAGCACCGACAACGAUUCUGGCCUUCCACUUUGCCGAGUCUGUCAUUGCGUCGAACCCGAUCUGAGAGGCGAGUCCGCUCUCGGAUUCUUGGGCAUCGCGCCGCCUUCCCCUCCGAGGACUGACACUGACUCCACCACCACGACGUCCACCAGCAAGGAUGCCAUCACUGGGCCAAAGGAUGAUGCCGCCAGUGCUCCCAGAUUUGUUGAGUUCGUAAGCCCCGAGGGGGAGAUAUUCGUGUGCGCCACUGACGUCGAAUCGGGGCCUCUGCACCAGCAAGACCAUCUUGUGGAUCUAGGGUGUUCUUGCAACAACGACCUUGCCCUCGCGCAUUAUGCCUGCGCGUUGAAGUGGUUCAUCAUCCAUGGAUCCACCACGUGCGAGAUAUGUGGAACUGUUGCUGCAAAUGUAAGGCCUGACGAUUUCAAUAAGGUUCUCGCUUCCCUCAAGGAUUAUGAAGCUCUCAGGGAAAGGACAUCCACAGGGGAAAUCUCAUACUUGCAGCAUGGGGCAGAUACUGGUGUUGAUCCAGACGCCGUCGCGGCGAUACGAAGGCAGCGGCUUAGCGAGAUCUCAUCUUGGUUCAAUCCUCACAACUCUCACGUGGCUGUUGCCGAAGGCCACAUUGAUCAACCUCAGCCGCCACUUAGUCCAACCAAUAGUUCUGUUCUGGAGCAUAGUGUUGUGGCAGCGACAUGGGUACAUACAAGAUGGAGUUUGGAGAGCACUGGAGUUUUUGUUGCUACCUGCCUAGUUGUCAUUAUUCUUGCAUGGUUGGUUGCUCCACAUGUUGGCAAGAAAGCUGCUGUAAUCUGUCUUCAUAUGCUUCUUGGAGGUUUAUGCGUAUUGACUGUAGUAAUAUCCCUGAGAUUUGUUUUCCCGAGAAUCCAGUAUGGGUCUAUGCAGUAUUGGGCAAUCUUGUUUGUGUCCUGGUUCCUUGUGUUUGGUGUUUGGGCUUCACGAACACGCAGCGCACGCUCCUCAUGA